AUGGGGCUAGUCACUUCACCCUGUAAAACAGACUUGAUUAUCAAAACUGGAAACUCGAUGAUCACAGGUUACAAUGGGUACAGUACAACAAUAUGGUGGACUCCGGAUGAGGCCUUUAUCAACUGGACUGACUGUGUCAUGACGACUUUGGGUGAAGGUCCGAAGGGAAGUGCCAUGUUGAUUUGUAUGUUUGGUCUUUUCCCACAGGUUUCGUCGGACGGAAUCCCCCAGUAUGCUCAAAUGAAUGACCAAGAAGUCGCAGAACAAUUAGUUACUGGAAUUGAUAGUGCAUUCCUUGCGAGGCACUCUCAAGAUGGAGACCUCUUUGAAUGGCUUCAAGCCAGUGCAGGAGCUUCUUGUAUGGUUUCGUCAGUAGGAAUCCCCCAGUCUGCUCCAAUACAUGGCCAAGUCUCGACACGGGGACCGUUUGAGAACGACUGUGUCUGCCGGGAGGUAAUAUUCAGAUUGCACUUGUAUAGCUUUAUAUUGUAAUCAAUUAAUCAUCUUGACGGUUCGGUAGUUUGAAAUCCCCGAAUCUAACUAAUUCUCUCGUCUUGUCUGUUGCUUUUGUCUGUUCGUUGACAAGACCCGAUUGCGCGUUGCACUUGAAAAGGAAAAUUCAGGGGAGCAGGGUUGGCGCAGUGCUUGCCUCCCACCAAUGUGGCCCGGGUUCGAUUUCGGCCCAGUGUCAUAUGUGGGUUGAGUUUGUUGUUGG